GCCACCCCCCCCUUUUUCCCCACCAGAAACCAAGCUCCCCGUGCGCUGGAGGAGCCCAGAGCGAGCAGCAGCCCAGCCAGAUUGGUGUCUUGGCUGUCUAGAGUCCCAAACACUUCAGGUCCUGAUGGGGGACUCAGGAUCAAGACGUUCAACUCUUGUGUCUCGACUGCCAAUAUUCAGGAGAAGUAUUAGUCAAAGACAUGACUCCCUUCCUUCCUCACCCUCCUCCAUUAAUACUGUGGGUGUCCAUAGCUCCUCUCCCUCCAGCACCAACUCAAGCUCAGGUAGUACAGGCAAGCGAAGGAGCAUAUUCCGCACACCUUCCAUCAGCUUCCACAACAAGAAGGGGAGUGAACAGAAGUCUGAAUCUGCAAGCCAGAAUGUAAGUAUUUCAAAUGGUGCUCAGUCAACUCACAACAAUUUCCAAAAACCGAGCUUGGAAGAACAUGUUAAAAGCAGAGGGAGGCAUUCAGUUGGUUUCGGCAGUUCACGGAGCAAGAAGAUAACAAGAUCUUUGACGGAGGACUUUGAAAAGGGGAAAGAGCCAUCAAGUAAUAAGAAUGUCUUUAUAAAUUGCAUACGUUCUGGAAAAAACGAGGGCGAUGACUCUGGCUUUAUAGAGGAGCAAAGUAGACGAUCUAUUAAGGAAUCCUCACGGAAACUUCUCCCGAAAUCUUUCUCAUCACACUACAGGUUUUCAAAGCCAGUCCCCCAGAGCCAGUCAGUUUCCUGUGUACAACAGUCUGGAUGCUUGUUGGAGAUUAAACCAUAUGUUGAAAGCGACCCUGUAACAGUAAGGUCCUCUCCAUCAUGUUCUGCUGAGAUAACAGAAUGUGCAGGAAGUUCUUUGCAAUCACCACAACUUUCUGCAGACCUCACCACAGUCCAGACCCCUUCGGAAUUUUUAGCCUUGACCGAAGAUUCUUUCUCAGAAGUUGAUGUGGUGCCCAAUAGUGGAAACACGGCACCACACACAGAGAACUUUGACAAUAAUACUUCUACCUCUCAGAUUUUCCUCAGUCCUGUUGUUGCUUAUGUGAGGAAAAUAGAUCAUGUAGAAAGUACUUCCCUGUCUGCUGUUAUAUCUCCUGUGAAUCAUACAAGCUUUUGUAGUACUGAAUCAAAUACCUUGCCUAAAAAUACUGCUGCUAAUCAAACACAAGUAUUAUUGCAAACUACUGAACUUCCUGUUAAAGAUGCCGGGCACAUAGGAGAAAUUAACUCAGCAGAUGCACAGUUAGAAACUUUUGUGUUACAUCAUGAAGAAAAAACAGUAACAUGCUCUCCAAAGGCUAGUGGAUUAUGUGGGGACCAACAUGAAAUAACGUUAUCUGAGUACAUUAGAGAAACAAUUCCUGUAACAGAAUCGAAGAUUAUUCCCUCCUCCUCUGAAUCCCGAUCCUUUAAAACACAACAGGGACAUGAAAUAAAUCACUCUAAAGUUAAUCUUGCCAGUAGUUUCAGUCCUUACCGAGAAGGCAGACUCAUAGAGAAACGCCUGAGAUCCUCGUCAGAAGGCAAUGCUGGAAGCAGCAGGAUGAUCUUAAAACCAAAGGACGGAAACACAGAAGAUCUUCAUAGCUUGCGGAAGCAGAGAGCAGGCUCGUCAUCUUCAAAAAUGAACAGCCUGGAUGUUCUGAAUAACUUGGGUUCCUGUGAGUUGGAUGAAGAUGACCUCAUGCUUGAUUUGGAAUUCCUAGAAGAGCAGCAUCACCAUCGUUCUGUUUGCCGGGAAGAUUCAUAUCAGUCCAUAGUCUCCUGUGCUGCCGUAGUACUUACACCUAUAGAACCACCUGGGGAAGCAAAGAAAAAAGAAGAGCCAAAAAUGCCUGAUGUGGCCAAACGGAACCUCUCUCUGAAGUUGUCAAAGGAGGUGGACCAAGGAGAAGCUAGAUGUCCUCGUGUCAGCCAGGUGGCCAGCAGUCCUGCUGUGGAGUGGCCUUUUGCAGGCCUGGAAGAAGGUGGAGGAAUGGAAUCUUUGCCCUUCCGACUGAUGAUGCAGGACUGCACAGCUGUAAAGACGUUACUGCUGAAAAUGAAGAGGGUUCUUCAAGAGAGUGCAGAUAUGAGUCCUGCCAGUAGUACCACUUCACUUCCUGUUAGCCCACUUACUGAAGAGCCAGUGCCUUUCAAGGAUAUAAUGAAAGAUGAAUGUUCAGUGCUGAAGUUGCAGCUGAAGGAGAGAGAUGAACUCAUUUCCCAACUUCGCGAGGAUCUGGAGAAAGCCCAACAUUUACAGAAGGCUCUCGCUUCCCAAGUAGAUAAAUCCACACAGACUGAACUUGUAGGCCAUGAUGGCCUGAAAUUUAAAAGGAUAGAAAGUGUUUCAUUUGGCAGAGAUGCUACAUAUCUAAACAAAGUUGUGAGCCAAAACCUCAACACAAGGGACAGAAAGUCAGCACAUACUCCCACCGAGGACCCUUUUAGAUAUUCAUUGGGCAACCAAGCAACUGCCUACGAAAGCAAAAGCUGUCAGCUGUCAAGUCUGUGUCUGAGUAACCUCCUGAAAGAUAAAGAAAUAGUGGAAGUCAUCAAGCACACGAGAGACACAUAUGAGACCCUCACUUCAGAGGUCACCCAGAAUGUUUUGGCCAGUGCUACACAAAAUACAACCAAGCCAACACCCAAGACAGAGAGCUUCCCAGGGUUGGCUGGGGUGCCGAAGGAUCAGACUGCUGUACCCCGGCAGCAUUCCACUUUCACGGGGAGAUUUGGACAGCCUCCGAGGGGACCCAUCUCCUUACACAUGUACAGCAGGAAAAAUGUUUUCCUCCACCACAACUUACACACGGCAGAGCUGCAGACUUUAGGCCAAAAAGAUGGCUAA